GUUAUAUACAACCAAAGAAAAAGACACGCACAUAGAUAUGUAGCUGACAAUGAGUUAAGAAAAACACAAGCGUCAAAGCAAUUGGAACCAACAGCCACAGCACGUAUCCACAAUACCUCCAUAAAACACAUUAACAGCGUCGAUUUGUUGCAUCUUGUUACAUGUACAUAGAGAUAAUAUGUACUCAAGCGUCAAAGGGAAGCCGACUAAAGCGUCACCUAACGGUAUAAGUAUCAACUGCAUCACUGCUACCGUAGGUGUACGACAGGCGCCGUCAUAUUCGUCGAACAGGUUUUCGACUUAGCAUUUUCAGCAAUACUAUGUCCGCCAACAACAUCCGUCACAACACAGCUGGAUUUAACGUAGGGCAAGUCCACAACUGCCCUUACUGAGCAUUACUAUGCCCUCAGUUUACCUUCGUGGAACCGUCUUUAACGACGAAUGUGGCCGGCCCGUCAGUCUUACACAGAACAAACCAGGGAUAAGUUACGCACACCCCUAAACGGAAGAUUUCUUUAGCUCGUCCAUGCACCAUAAAAAGGAAUGUUACCUAUGACCCCGAUUACAACGGGAAGCGUGGCCCCUUGGGAUAUUGAUACAGAAAGUCUCAACUCCAACAAGUGGUUCAUUGUUCCAAUCACAAGGUUCACUUGAUCUCCGACUUCCCCCACAGAGUACGUCACUUCCUCACCUGCACCACGGCCUGUCCUACGAACACACCUGGCCAAGGCGCCGCCAUGGACACCACCAACUUACAGAAAAUCCGCGAGGAACUCUUGUCCUGUGGAGUCUGUCUGGAGACGUUCACCGAACCAAGAGUCUUGCCCUGUCAGCACACCUUCUGUCAGAACUGUAUCUCUAAAAUCAGCGCCGACAAAAGAAUCUUCCGGUGCCCAACAUGUCGCGAACAGGUCAUACUUCCUAAAGAUGGCGUCGAGGGAUUCAAGAAGAAUUUUGAGAUCGCCAGCUUCUGUGAGAAGCUGGUGGUUGUUAAGAAGCCUCCACCGAUAGCUGAAAAGCCGCGCGCGUUCGACAAAUGUGGGACACACAAGAAGGAAGUCCGGCGCUUCUACUGCCAGCAGUGUAAGGUGGCCAUUUGUAGCGAGUGCAUUCUCGACAUUCACCAGGGGCAUUCUAUCUGCAGCGCGGCUCAAGCGGCAGGUGGCAGCCGCGACAGGAUCGGCGCAAGUCUCAAGACGUGCAAAGAGAGGAUCAAGACCCACGAAGACGUCGUGAGUGGCAUCUCUGACAACGAAAAGAAGCUGGAAGCUGAGAAGACGGCAGUAGAGAGCACCAUACGGUCCUACCAGCAACAGUUGAUCGACGAUAUCAACAAGACGGCAGCGGUUUUGCUUCAGGAGCUCGAGAGUCAUUUCAUGACGAAACAGAUGCGUUUGAUAGAGCAGAAAGACUCGGCACAGAGCACGCUCGAGGAAGUGUCGACCACUCGUGACUGGGUAGAGAAGAGGCUGACCUUCACCGAACCAGAGGUCAUCGGCAUGGAGGACGCCAUUUGUAAGAAGUUAGAGGUUGCCAUAGCAAUAAAGGAGUUGAGCACCGACUACAUCUCACUGGGAAUGGACUUCCAACCCGCCAUCACUCCCACAGGAAAGACCCUUCUAGGUCACCUGAAGGAAAGGGGCUCCAAAAAUGAGCGGCAGAAUAGCCUCACGCCUGCAAAUGCAACUCCACCACCGCUCAUGAGAGGUAUCAACCCGAACCAACCAGUACCGGGCCUAGUGUUCUUCGGACACGCGGGGUCGGGAGAGGGCCAACUAACGGAACCCAGAGGAAUGACAGUCACGUCGGAGGGUCGCAUCUUCGUCAUGGACGGAUGUAGCGAUAUAGAAGAGGGGGAGAUCAAAGAGUACGACAGCGCGGGCCAGUUUGUAGGGAAGUCCUUCCAGCCGCACUACUUCCAUCUGGCGGCGGACAACACGGGACACCUGUUCUGCACCAGGCCGCAGCAGGAGACCGUAGACGUGCUCGACAAGCUCGGGACGUGCGUGCAGACCUUCGGGAAGGGGCAGCUGUCCUACCCGCUGGGUGUCGCUAUACACCCGGUGGGAGGUCAGGUACUGGUCACGGACACACAGAAGUGUAAGGUGUUCAUCUACCAGCCUGACGGCCUGCUGAUCCGUCAGUUCGGCAGCAGCGGACGAGGCGACCAUGAGCUGACCUACCCGAUAUCUGUAGCCGUGGACUCCGCGUGGAAUAUCUACGUGCCUGACCAUGACUGUCAUUGCAUCAAGGUGUUCGCAAUGAUGGGAACGUUUCGGCUAAAGGUUGCUAAGAAGGGCAGCAAGGAUGGACAACUAAAGAACCCUAAAGGAGUAUGCGUGGACGCUGAUGGGAACAUCAUCGUAGCAGACAGCGGGAAUGGACGGGUUUCCAUGUUUGACUCACACGGCAAGUUUUCCCGCCACCUGCUGACCUCUGACCAGGGCCUCCGGCACCCCAGUCAAGUGACCUUGACACCUGACGGCAGGUUGGCGGUCAUGGAUAUUGAGUCCUGCCGAGGGCUCAUAUUUCAUUACAAGUCUGACCAAUGAGAACGCUUGUUUAGUCCUGCCGAGGGCUCAUAUUUCAUUACAAGUCUGACCAAUGAUCACCAAUGAGAGCGCUUGUUUUAUUACAUGUACAGCGGGUUCGCAUUCACGUCAUUAUGUUGUCGGUAUUAAGCCUUGGGGUUGGCUGGUAAAUUUGGAUUUUGUAUCUGUGAUUACAGCCACUUGAUAAGCUCGUUCACACUUUCUAGUACGCACGCGCGGUGACAGGAAUUGUGGGUAAUGUGACAAAUACACGUAUUGCGCAUGCGUACUCGGAAGUGUGAACGGUCUUAUUAUGACGUUGAUGGCACUAUAUACACAUGCAAACAUUCAGGUUUGAUUAUUUCCGACUAAACCGGCAUAGCAACUGUGACGUCAUGUUCAAACUUUUUAUAAUUAUGGGUAACUUUUAAAGUAACAACUCAAAUUGGGGGCCCCUCUGUGCGAACGAUAAAACGAUAGCUUGGCUAAGCCGAAGGAGCACAUUGAAUAGAUAAAGGUCGAGAAUUUUUUUAUUGCUUUCUUCUUCACGCUUCUCUCAUUUGAUUAAUUAAUAGGACCUGGUGCAAUUAAGACAUGUGAAGGACCGCUAAAUUCAGUUAGUAUAAUAACGUGAAUACCAAUGAUGUAUGAUUCGUUGUACAUGUAUCAAGUAAAAUUGGUAUCAACGGUA